AAUUCAUUUCUGCACAACUGAUGCCACAGGACAUAGAGAACAUUGAACUCACAUGCUGAGGUCAAAACUUUCCUGUUAGCUAAUCCCGUUAGCUACUUACACCAAUUUCAAAUAAUGAUCUAAAUGGGCAGGUUUCAGCAGGUCACAGCACUUGUAUGUUAAUGUUGUUGAUUGUCCCGCGGUAAAUCACGAGUUGUCAGACGGUGUUGUGACGUGACGCUUGUGACGUUUCUGGGGGCAUCCCCGUUGGGCUGACGGUCAGACUGUAGCUCAGGCAGCAGGAGAACAGUAGACGACCACAAAACAUGGCUCUGAAUCAGAAUCAUUCGCAGAACGGCGGCAUUUUGAUAAACAACGGAGAAAGUAUUUUAAGGGAAUGUAAGAACGUGGAGCUGUCAUUCAGCGAUGUCACCUGCAAGACAGACCUGCUGAAGGGGACCAAGAAGGGCACAGUUUACCUCACACCUUACAGGUUGCUGUUUGUGUCCAGUAAUACCAAGGAUUGUCUGGGUUCAGCCAUGUUCCCCUAUUAUCUGAUGAAGGGCUGCAGCAUUGAGCAGCCAGUCUUUGCAGCAAACUACAUCAAAGGGACAGUUUCAGCUGAGCCUGGUGGUGGCUGGGAAGGCCAGGCCCAUUUCAAGAUGUCAUUCACCAGUGGAGGAGCCAUAGAAUUGGGACAACAUCUCUUCAAACUGGCCACAAAUGCUUCUCGUGCUGCUCCUGCCCAGAAUGGCGCUGCCUCUUAUGGCUAUCCUUCACCUGGAAUUAUGAAUGGCUACAGCCCAGCUCCCUCUGUUCCUCAUGGUUAUCCUUACCCACCCGCCCCCCAGCAGAAUGGAUUCUACCAGGGUCCUCCCCCUGCUGCUGGCAACAUGGGAUACACCUAUCCAACAGCUGCUGCAGGAAUGUAUCCAUCUGGUUUUGACUACGUGACCCCACCUCCCCCUUACCCUGGGCCACCCCAAAAUUGGACUUCACCCCCCCAGAACUGGACAGCCCCACCACCACCUCCAGGUAACUCCAAGGCGGCUGAAGCAGCAGGCAGUGCGUAUUACAAUCCCAGCAAUCCACACAAUGUCUACAUGCCCAUGGAGCGGCCUCCACCAUAUGCACCUUAUCCAGACUCUCCUAACAAGAAAAACAACUGAGCCUCAGGCACCAUCACUUCGAGACACUCUUCUCUCUUCUUCUGUAUCUAAAGUAUAGUCUAAAGUAAGGAGUAAUGUUGAUGGAUACGCACUUGACUGUAGAAUACAGAAAAGAAAAUGCAAGUUAUAGAGGGCUCAAAGAUGUCAGUGAUAAAUCACCAAUGAAUUCGUGAUAUUUUGGAUACUGGAAUCGCUUACAAAGCAAUUACAUCUUUUAAAUCCUGUUUAUUCCUAACACUCAAGUUCAUUAAAAAAUGAGAGCCUCAUCAUUAUUAACAUUCUCAGUGAUGGGAUUUAUUUUAUUUCUAUCUAGGUUUAUAGCAUGUAGGCCCCUAAACUGUCCUUAUUAAUUGCUGAGCAGAGGAGGCAGUAUGGCGAAUGUAUUUUUUAAGACAGAUUUGUUACCAAAACAUUUUGUAGCAAUUUCUUGAUUGCAGUUCCUAUAGUUAUUAACAUUAGCAACUCCUACUAUAAACAGUAAAGUAUUUUUGCAGUAUCCUUGCAAGUACCGUGUGUGUGUUUCCUACACAGUUUUGCAUUGAGUAUUGAUGUCCAUAUACAAAACCAGAACUGGGUUGAAUAGUGUACAGUAAUACAAUAUCUGACUGAUUCUCAUAGUUAAAGUUUCCUUUGUAUAUGACCAAUUUGAUCCUGUACUACAUCAGUUAAAUUACAGUCUUAGUAAUUCCAGUUAUUAUACGACCCAUAUUUCACAGUCCCCUUCAUAAUUCAAUAUCUAUAUAUAAGAGGCUUUGGUUAUCAAAAGGAGCAGUGUAAUGUUUGAAAAAGGGGUCCAGAUAGAUUUCUUACAUAACAAGUCUAUGUAUGUGCAACAUUUUAACCUCACAUAAUAAGGUUAUAGAUGACAAGCUGGGGUUACCUGAGUGACCAUUUGCUCUACUCUUGGCUUCUAUUGUAUUCAUGUAUGCAAAGCCAAGGUGAAACCAGAACUCUACUGUUUGAGUAAUUACACGAGUGUGGGGUUACAGGGCCACACCGACAUAUUAAGAGCCCAUCAGUGUUUUGCCUGCCGUUGAAACUUGUGAAUGCAAACCAUUUAUUCCUAAUUAAACUAGGGUGAAGCACCAACAGGCCGUGUAAUUGCAUCCCCCCCAAUGUGCAUCAGUUGACACCUGUUUGAAGGAGUAUUUGCACACAGUGGUGGUGCAGAGAGGAUUUUUUGGGUUUGGGUUUUAGUUUGCUUGAAUUAAUCAAAUGUCUGUAUAUUAAUAUCUCUUUUGCAGUUUCUUAUUCCUUUAUGCUGAAUUUUAUCUGUCAAUUAAACACUAAUAAAUGUGUCAUUUAUUAAA